ACCACCAUUGUACAUCACUACCUUUCCUGGAAAGUUGUUUUUCUCUCAUUUUCUCGGGAAAAUUUUUCUUCUGGUAACGAAGAUUUCGAUCGAGCAGAGAAUUCUUCGGUUUCCGCCGUUUUGCCUUCUAUUGCUCAACUACAAAGUGCAUUCCGUUUUCUACAUUUCCUCUCUGAUUUCCCUGUUUGCUUUUCCUGAAAUCUUCUCGGUUUCCCGCGUUUUCCCUCGACAUUUUCUUUCGAAGAUUUGGCUUCAGAUGCAAGAAAUAAGCUGAUCCUCUUUUCUGAUCAACUUCGAGAUACGAAGUUCUCCAUCUCUGUUACUUCUAUUUGGGAAAUUGCCGUUUCGUUUCCUGGAGAAUUUUCCCCAAAUCGUUGAAGAUAGUGAGAUGCAGAGAGUGAGCUUCGAGGUGACGGAUUCACCAAGAGGCUACCACUCCGAUGCCGAUGCGACGACAAACGGAGGAGCCCACCACAGCGGUCCGAUGGGCGGGCCAUUGCCACCGGCGUUAAAAAAACCGGCGAAGAAGAGCCCUAGAUCCGCGGCGGAGAACCACCGCGCUCCGCCGUACGUGGACCUCGCAUUGGACGUUGAUGAGGACAGGGUGUCCGUACACAGCGUCAGAUCCCCCGCCUCCGACGGCGGAUCGAGCGUGGAGGAUCCGGAGUUGACGCUACUGAGACGGAAGCGCCUGGAGAAGAAGACGUCGGUGGUGCAGCGACUCGCCUCGGUCUCUCACGAGCUCAAGCGGUUGACGUCGGUCUCCGGAGCGAGGAAACCGCCGCGAGCGCCGCCGCGGAUUGACCGGACGAAGUCGGCAGCAGCUCACGCCUUAAAGGGCCUUAAGUUCAUCAGCAAGAAGGACGGAGGAGCUGGUUGGGCCGCGGUGGAGAGACGGUUCGAUCAGAUCACGGCCACUACGGAUGGGUUGCUGCUUCGGUCUAAAUUUGGGGAAUGCAUAGGCAUGAACUCGAAGGAUUUUGCCUUGGAGUUGUUCGAUGCAUUAGCUAGAAGAAGAAGGAUAACAGGGGGAUUGAUUACGAAGGAUCAGUUAAAGGAAUUCUGGGAUCAGAUGAAUGAUCAAAGCUUCGAUUCUCGGCUUCAGACAUUCUUUGACAUGGUGGAUAAAGAUGCCGAUGGAAGACUAACCGAAGACGAAGUUAGAGAGAUUAUCAGCCUCAGUGCCUCCGCGAACAAUCUGUCCAUUCUCCAGAAGAGGGCAGAUGAAUAUGCUGCCCUGAUCAUGGAAGAGCUCGACCCGGAUAAUCUCGGAUACAUUAUGCUCGACAGUCUUGAGAGCCUUCUGUUGCAAGCGUCGACAGAAUCUGUGAUAACGACAGGGGAGAGGAAGAAUCUGUCGCAAAUGCUGAGCCAGAAGCUGAAGCCAAACCGUCACCGGAACCUGUUUAACCGAUGGUACCGUGGCCUGAGAUAUUCCGUGCUCGACAACUGGAAGAGAGUUUGGGUUCUUGCCCUCUGGCUCACAGUCAUGGCCAUACUCUUCGCGUACAAGUUCAUGCAGUACAAGCGUAGAGCAGUAUAUGAAGUUCUUGGAGUAUGCGUAUGCGUGGCCAAAGGUGCAGCCGAAACGCUUAAACUAAACAUGGCUCUGAUUCUGCUACCUGUUUGCAGAAACACCAUAACCUGGCUUAGGAAUAAGACCAGGUUCGGUAUUGCUGUCCCUUUCGACGACAACCUCAAUUUUCACAAGGUAAUAGCGGUGGCAGUAACGAUCGGGGUUGGAAUACACGCGAUUUCUCACUUGGCAUGCGAUUUUCCGAGGCUGUUGCAUGCAACUCCAGAGGCAUACAGCCCGAUGAAACAGUUUUUCGGGAAAGACCAACCAACGAGCUACUGGCAUUUCGUGAACUCGGUGGAAGGGGUGACAGGAGUAGUGAUGGUGCUCUUGAUGGCCAUUGCUUUCACAUUGGCAACUCCUUGGUUCAGAAGAGGAAAGCUCAAUUACCUUCCAGGGCCUCUAAAGAAACUCGCCAGCUUCAACGCCUUUUGGUACUCCCACCAUCUUUUCGUCAUAGUCUACAUCCUUCUCGUGGUCCAUGGAUACUGCCUCUACCUCUCCAAGAAAUGGUACAAGAAAACGACAUGGAUGUACUUAGCAGCACCGGUCAUGCUCUACGCCUGCGAGAGGAUGAUACGGGCAUUCAGGUCCAGCAUCAAGGCAGUCACCAUACGAAAGGUUGCGGUCUACCCCGGAAACGUGCUGGCACUGCACAUGUCGAGGCCCGACAACUUCAGAUACAAGAGCGGACAAUACAUGUUUGUGAACUGUGCUGCCGUCUCUCCAUUCGAGUGGCAUCCGUUUUCCAUCACUUCAGCUCCACAGGACGAUUACCUCAGCGUCCACAUCAAAUGUCUCGGCGACUGGACUCGGGCUCUCAAAGGGGUUUUCUCCGAGGUGUGUAGGCCGCCUCCGGCGGGGGUGAGUGGAAUCCUGAGAGCAGACAUGAUGCACGGUGCAAACAAUCCCGACUUCCCGAAAGUAAUGAUAGAUGGACCGUACGGAGCACCAGCACAAGACUACAAGAAGUACGAGGUGGUCCUACUAGUGGGGCUAGGGAUAGGAGCCACCCCAAUGAUAAGCAUCGUCAAGGACAUAGUCAACAACAUCAAGGCCAAGGAACAAGCAGACCUCAACGGGCUGGAAAGCGGGUCGCAUAGCAAUGGUCGUGGUAAGAAGGAGAGUUUCAGGACGAGAAGGGCGUACUUCUACUGGGUCACCCGAGAGCAAGGCUCGUUCGACUGGUUCAAGAACAUCAUGAACGAGGUGGCGGAAAGGGACAACAACAAUGUGAUAGAGCUGCAUAAUUACUGCACCAGUGUCUACGAAGAAGGCGAUGCUCGUUCUGCUCUCAUCGCUAUGCUUCAGUCACUGAACCAUGCCAAGAACGGUGUGGACAUCGUCUCCGGGACGAGGGUUAUGUCCCAUUUCGCUAAGCCCAAUUGGAGGAGCGUCUACAAACGCAUCGCCAUGGAUUACCCUAACACCAAAGUUGGUGUGUUCUACUGUGGAUCGCCGGCAUUGACGAAGGAGCUGAGGCAUCUAGCUCUAGAUUUCACCCACAAGACGAGCACCAAAUUCUCUUUCCACAAGGAGAACUUCUAAGGGAAAAGCUUAAUAAUGUACAAAUACCCCUCUUUUUUUUUAUUACUGUAUCAUUAGUCCCUUUCUCUCGCUUUGAUUACAUAUACAUUAAUGUCUUUUCUACGGAAACAUGAGGUGUUAUUAUUAUUUGCAUGAGUGGCAGAUAUAAAAUAUGUGUUUUCUACGCAAACAUAAAUAUAAUGUUAAAAACGAAAAACCUAAUAAUAUAUAGAAUUUUUGUUUGAAUCAUUAUUAUGUACAUGGCGACU